AUGACGGAGAUGAUUAUUCCCUUAUAUCUCAGCAACCACGAGGUUUGCCUGGAAAACAAUUUCCAUCAAACUGGGUUUCUGCAUUGCGUCUCCGGGGACGCACCCGACAAAGCAAUCCAGACACUAAAGAGAUUCGAGACUGCUGCUACCAACCACCCUAUUCUGGGCCCUCAUGUCGCGCCAUUGAGCGGAAAAGACGAUAUCCGUCGUUGGUUCUGGCAAGCUGAUGGCCAUUUGCCGGGAUGGAAGGGGUACAUCAACAAGUUUGAUGGGUAUGCCCAUUCAGCGAAUGCGUUGGCGGCCGUAUACAGGGAGACAAAGGCCUCUGGCGUGAAUUAUGUUCUUGGUAAGCAUGGAGCCGUGUCCCAAAUCAUGUAUAAAGAUGGCAAAACUAUCGGGAUCAAGACGAAGGUGGGGCAGUUCCACGCAGCCGAGCUGGUGAUCGUUGCCGUUGGCGCAGCAGCCGCCAAGCUCGUCCCUGAAAUCGCAACUCAGGUCGUUGCGAAGUCAUGGUCCGUUGCACAUGUACGUCUCACAGAUGAAGAGACCUCUGCAUUGCGAGGUAUCCCCGUCACCUACACCCGGGAUUUGGGAUUCUACUUCGAGCCUGAUCCCAAGACGAACUUGUUGAAACUGUGUCCCAUGGGAGGCGUGUAUAUCAACACGGACCCGACAACUGGGGUAUCCCAUGCCCCCGAGUCUCUAGAAGCGAGUGCGUUCAUGCCGCAUGAUGAUGAAUCCCGAAUCCGCCGGCUGCUGGCGCAGACGCUGCCUAAGUUGGCGAAGAGGCCCCUAGUGCGGAAAUCCCUAUGCUGGUUUGCAGAUACAAAGGACUCGGAUUUCAUCAUCGAUUAUGUGCCGAAUACCGCGUCGUCGGUUGUGUUGCUUUCCGGUGACUCUGGGCAUGCGUUCAAGAUGUUUCCGAUUCUGGGGAGCUGGGCGAGAGAUUUGCUUCAGGUACCGCAUAACAAGCAACCUAUUGCCAGAUGGCGAUGGAAAGAACCAAAGGCAAACCAUGCUGGGAACUGGGGUGGUGAUUCAAGGGAAUUGAAGGACAUUCUUCCAUGUAGGGUAAAGCUCUAA